AUGGAUGACGUCAGGAGUGGUCCCCCACCAGCGCAGUGAGACAAGAAUGUGUGUGUGUGUAGUAGGACUCUUCCUGGUUCACCGCUGUUGUGAGUCUGUUGUGUGUCUGUUGUGAGUCUGUUGCUUCUCUCGGAUCAAACUAACCCAUGAUGCUGUUAACCCUCCCGCUGGACGUGUAACCUGUUAGUUAGUGUGUUAACCAGCGGACGCUCGGUGCGGAGUUAGCCGGCUGCUAGCUGCAGGAGUCUGUGGUUAACAGGUAUGUGGGCGUCUUGCUGUAAUUGGCUGUGUAUGGACUCAGCUGAUGUAGAACAGUCGGGUGAAGAUGAACGUCGGCAUCAGUCCUACACCAACUCUGCCUUCAACUCUCAGCCGUCUCCCCCCCCACCUGAACACAUCUGUAAGGCCUGCGGGGGGACCUUUGACACACCUACCAAGAAGCAUGUGUGUGUGGACUGUAAGAAGAACUACUGCAGCCGUUGCUCCGCCCAGCUUGAGCCGCGGCCCCGCCUCUGUCACACCUGUCAGCGUUUCUAUGGCAACCUGCUGGAGCGGGCGGAGCUUAUGAAGCUCAAGGUGAAGGAGCUCAGAGACUAUCUGCACCUGCAUGAGGUGUCAACACACCUGUGCAGAGAGAAGGAGGAGCUGGUAGAACUGGUCCUGAGUCAGCAUUCGUCACCUUCCAGCGAACAGGCCCCCGAGACACUGACCCCAGACCCUCCCUCUGUGACGCCUGACCCACCUACACCUACACCUACACCCACCCCCAACCUCACCUCUGAUCCUCCACAGCCCGAAUCCCCGUCCCCUCCCACAGAGACCACUGCCUCUGAGCCUGACAUUCAGGAAGAAGGCCAGACCUGGGACCCUGAGGAGCCAUCAGUUUCAGGCCGUAGGGCUUCUCUGUCCGACCUGAGUUGCGAGGACGACAUUGAGGUGCUCAGCGUGCGGCAGCUGAAAGAAAUUCUCGCUAGGAACUUUGUGGACUAUAAAGGCUGCUGUGAGAAAUGGGAGCUGAUGGAGCGAGUGAGUCGACUGUACCAGGACCAGCAGAACCUCGUUGCCAGUGCAGUGAGCGCCUCAGAGUCCGGCGGCGGUUCUGCAAGUCCGGAGGAUAACCUCUGUAAGAUCUGUAUGGACUGUCCCAUCGACUGCGUCCUGCUGGAGUGUGGUCACAUGAUCACCUGCACCAAGUGCGGCAAGAGGAUGAGCGAGUGUCCUAUCUGCCGCCAAUAUGUUGUCCGAGCCGUCCACGUCUUCAGGUCCUGAACACACCGACCUGGAACUGAACCAGGACCAAGUGUUGUUCAUCAACAAUCAAGUCUUCUUAAAGGGACCUCUACAUAACCAGAGUGCUUUCAUUUUGCUAACUCUAUUUUUCUAGUGUAAAUAUGAUAAAGAUUGCAAGAAGUGACCUCAUCUGACCUUUUUCACUCAAACAGUGACUCUGAGCAUUACAUGGGCCACAAACACACACACACACACUGUGUUCUCAUUACAACCUUUCAUUUUUUACAGUGUCCAGUGAAUGGACACUGUAAAAAGUAACUUGGUGAAGUGAAACAGCCGCUAUAAAACAGCAGUGGUGAGCCAUCUUUGAGAACAUCACUGAUUCCACAGCUCGUACUUCCUGUUUUAAUCACAUGUUUCAUCUGUAGCCUCGUGACAUUGACAGUGCUGUCAUGGUCCAGAGACCCCAGACUGAUAUUCCUUCACUUCAGCCUCAUCUGAAUUUAGUGAGUUAUAUUUUGUAUCUCACUAGUGGAUUUAAAAAAAUCUGACUAGUGGAUGUGUUCUCACAUCCAAAGAACACAUUCAUGAAGCUACCUUCAGGAUAUCAGCAGGGUAAUGAUGUCACAGGAAGUUGAACAUGCUGCUGUUUUCUCUUCACAUCCUUGAUGUCACAAACUGAAAAAAGAAAAGUAAAACUUAAAAAAUGUUUUAGUCGCGAAACCACAACUAAGAAAUGUUGUAUUUAAAGGAGACACAUUCUGUUCACAUUCAGGUAAAACAUUUUCAACAAGUGGUGGUAAAGUUUGUUCAUUAGGAUAAACCCUUGAGAUGCAUUUUCUCGUCUUCGAGGGGUGUUGUUACUGUAAAAUGUUUUCAUGCUCUAAUGUUAAGAAAACGCACGACUCUCCUCAGACUGUCCAUCGCUGCAGCUCCUCUUUUCAGCUUCUGUCUCAAACACUUGGUUUUAGCUCCUGUCUCUUUAAGACACCCCCGAUAAAGCCCAGUCUGCUCUAAUUGGUCAGCUGCUCCUCUCUGUUGUGAUUGGUCAACAGCUUCCUGUGCGUGUAGGAAAUGUCGACUCACUUAACCUGGCUUUGUCAGACUAGUCCAGGAGAGGAGCUACCUUUACACCAGACUUUGGACUUUUUUACUUUGCACAACUUUUGCAUUCACCAUAAAACUUUUUAUAGAUAACAAGAGGAAAGAAAUUUAAAAAACAUAAUGCGUCUCCUUUAAAACAAUUUCACUAACAUUAACAAGUUUCUCUGAAUCUGUAUCAGAUUUUACAGAAACAACAGAGGCUCCAUGACGCUUCCCUGAGGGACUCCGUAUGAUAGAGGUUUAUGGUUGUAUUUUUGCAGCCGGUCUGUUUCUGUUUUCGCUGGUGACCAUGAGAACAAAGUUCUGUUCUGUUACUACCACACUUUGCUCAGGCUGUUAAGAUUUGAAUAAAAAAUGGCCUUAAGACGUAAAAUGAUGUCACCCAGUGGUGGUACUGAAUGAACUUCAAACCAUGGGCCUGGGGCCUUAUGUUCCACUGAGGCCUCGUCCUUUUGGUUUUUAUAUGUUUUUAUGGGAUAUAAUGGUUUUAGGGACCUUGGGAAUCUUUGACACGUGCUCUAAAUACUGAUUCAUGUGUGUUUAGUCAAAGUAGUCACAUCUGUGAUUAUUGAACACAUGAUUUAAUAAAGUAUUCAUAUACAUUAGAACUGUAGUUAUGUUUUUUAGGACAGUGAUUUCUGUGGACGUUUCUUUAUUCUGACAAACUGGAACAAAGCUGUGAGACAGUGACUCAGCGUUGAUGUGGUUGUGUUGAGUUUAAUAGCACUUUGUUAAGUUACAGAAAAUAAUACUGCAGAGCUUAGCUUUGGGCUUUUCCUCUGAAUCUGUAUCAUGUUUAACAAAAUAGUCAGAGGCUCCAGAACGUAUCCCUGAGGGACUCCAUGUGUCAGUAAAAACAGGGAUCAUGAAUUAUUCAUCUUUACCAGUAGAACACAGAAGUUUGGCAGUGAAGCUCUUUGUCUUUGUGUCUUUUUGCACUAAUCUGCUGAAACAUUUUUUACCUUUUAUCAAUUAGCUCGGGUUGAAGAACGAUAAAGUGGAGACGUGAUGUCCCCUUUUUUCUCAGUGUUUUACUUCCAAUCAUUAACUUUGAGUUUUGCUGUGAAGGUUUUUCCUUUCUUUUGUGAAUUGCUGGCUGGUUUUUCAAAGCCCGGUCUCACUGUGGGAUAACACGUUUCAUCUGUCAAUUCGCCUGUAAGUCGUACAGCAAGGUUCUGAUCACUGAAUCAAUGUGAGACACAAAGUAACACACUUUCUUGAUGCACUGGUCAAUUUUGAUAUAUGGGCUGUUGUGUUUCUAUAACCUUUAAAUACACAUUUAACUUUUUAA